AUGGCGGGCGUCGCCUCAGGCGGCGAGCGGGCGUCCCCGCCGCUGAAGAUGGCGGCGGCCCAGCUGGGGCGGCGGCGGCGGCGGCGGGGCGUCGUCGUCCCGGGGGUGUCCGGGGGCCGGGCCCCGCCGGACCCGAGCGUGGUGUGGAUGCAGGGCACCGUGGUGGCGGUGGACGCGGGGGCGCGACGGGCCCUGCUGCGCGACGACACGGGCACCUUCACCGUGAGGGGCCUGGACCACGUGCCUCACGGAAAGACCCAACUGGCCGCAGGGAUGUACAUAAUGGUAAUGGGAGUGGUUGAAUCCUGUUGUCCUGAGCCCUGUCUUCAGGCAGUGAAGAUGACAGAUCUGUCUGGUAAUCCUCUGCACAAGAGCAUGUGGGGACUGGAAGUUGAAGAUUUACACAACAGUAUUCCCUAGAUGAAUUUUAAUUUGCGCUUGCGGGAAUUGGCUUUCAGCACUUCUUGGGCCUCACGGGACUGUUUGUGCCUGUUAAGUUCUCAAGAGCCCGCGUUCAUUGGCUUAAGCGAUCGAAUGAUUGCUUUCUAAAUGGCCUCCACAAUGAGGAUAAGGAUUUAGGACUUUUAAAAUGCUGAAGAUAUUUCAUUUUAUUCAGCUUCAACACAAGCCUUCAUUCCUUUUUGCCAGUGUACUGUUGGCUGAUGAAAACCAGAUGUUGUUUUCUGUUUGUGUUUUUUUUCUCUUUUGUAAGAAAGCACACACAACCCCGUAUUGCAUUUUCCAAAUACGGCAAGUGAUCUUUUUUUGUUUGUUUGUUUUUCUGUGACCCCAUUAUAGGAUGCAGUAUUUGAAUCUGUCAUUGGCCAUGGUGAUUAGUAUGGUUUUGGGCAUGAAAACAGACUUUAUGUGAGAAAGAAAUGACAUCACAGCCCCAUUUGUUCUCCAGUGAUGACUUCCAUAUCCAGUCUGCAAGGCAAAUGAUACUUUUUGUAAAGGCAGCCGCUAAACAGCUAAGUGAAAAAGACAGCUCCGUUAUAUUUCAGUCUCAUCAUGGUCCAGGACCACUUUACCCUGGGAUAGAGGAUAGGCUGCAUCCACUUACACCCUCAGAGAAACUGUUCAAAUUGAUCCGUGGGUGUCUGUUUUUUGUGGCUUGUUUUUCUUCAGCCUGCAAACUCAGCAUUUGCACAACUUUCUGCAAGUUCUUGAGGCUCUGGCAUUCUUAAGAGCCUAAUGUGUUUUAUUAGCUGUGGAAAGUAUACAUCGGGAGUGGUUGGAAGAGACAGUGUCUUAAUUGUGAUUUCAGAUUUGUUUGGAAUUUUCCAAUCUUUGAAUAAAUUCUUCCUGAUAUUCA